UCAGCCCGGCGGUCCGCCUCAUUCGCUGAGCAGGUCCAUGAAUUGUCACGGCGUUCCGGGAGGCUGCUGAGCCGGGGCGCCCGCCGGGCUUGUCGUGUCCUCUCUGAGGUGUCUGCGGAGCCUAGGUGCCCCGUCCGCUGAGGCGAGAGCGGUCUCCGAUUCGGGGCAACUUGAAAUUCAGGACCCGAAGCAGGGGCGCCGGUUUGCGAUCGCGACUCAGCGAGGAGGAUGGAAAUCCUGUAUGAAUGUGGAAGCCAUUAGCAGAGUAAUUGCUGUCUGUUACCAUGACAACGAGCCGCUGCAGUCACCUGCCCGAAGUGCUGCCAGACUGCACGAGCUCCGCUGCGCCCGUGGUGAAAACAGUGGAGGAGUGUGGCGGCCUAUCGAAUGGACAGCCGCAGUAUGUCAUGCAAGUUUCGGCCAAGGACGGGCAGCUGCUGUCAACAGUAGUGCGGACCCUUGCCACCCAGAGCCCCUUCAAUGACCGGCCGAUGUGCAGGAUCUGUCAUGAAGGCAGCAGCCAAGAGGACUUGCUCUCUCCCUGUGAAUGUACGGGGACCUUGGGGACAAUUCAUCGGAGCUGCCUGGAGCACUGGCUGUCGUCCUCAAACACCAGCUACUGUGAACUCUGCCACUUCAGGUUUGCGGUGGAGCGCAAACCCAGACCGUUGGUGGAGUGGCUCAGAAACCCAGGCCCCCAGCAUGAGAAGCGGACUCUGUUUGGAGACAUGGUGUGCUUCUUGUUCAUAACCCCGCUGGCCACCAUCUCGGGCUGGCUGUGCCUGCGGGGCGCCGUGGACCACCUGCACUUUAGUAGUCGGCUCGAAGCCGUUGGACUAAUUGCACUCACUGUCGCACUCUUCACUAUUUACCUCUUUUGGACACUAGUGUCAUUUAGGUACCACUGUCGAUUGUACAACGAAUGGCGUCGGACCAAUCAGAGGGUGAUUCUCCUCAUUCCAAAGUCAGUCAACAUACCUUCUAACCAACAGUCGCUGCUGGGCCUCCAUUCAGUCAAGAGGAACUCAAAGGAGACAAUUGUUUGACGCUCGUGUGGUCGAUCAGUUGCCUUCCCGUUCGGGGUUUGGAAGUUUCUGCACUGGGGCCGUGCACUGAGCCACCCCUCCCUUCAGCCCGUGGGUCUGAGAACAUCCGGAACCGCGGAAGCACAUCACCCAGGCCAACGAGCUCUGCCAGGAGAAAGCCAGUGCUGUUUUACUUCAAAUCACGGAUGCUGCGAUCAUAUGAUAUUUGCUAAGCUGCCAAACAUGUUUAUUGAGCAGAUACUGAAUGGAAUUUUUUGGACACCUCUUUAACAUAGGAGGAAGGUUUUCCUGCUGAGGAUGCACUUCAAUUCUUCCUUUUUUAUUACUAUUUCAAAUAUAUAUAUAUAUAUAUAUAUAUAUAUAUAUAUAUAUAUAUAUUAAACUUAGAUGAUAAUCAAAUGCGAAAAGCCAAUGUUAAAACUGCCCUCUUGGUUUGGAUGGGUUUUCUCUGGGUCAGGCUGUUUGCUUCCUGGUUUCCGCUGUAGAUUCUUUGGGAUGAUUUGAUACCUGGAGUGGUCUUUUUCCCCUCUCUCCUGUCCCUUACUUUAGGGGACAGCCUAAUACCUGCAGAACAUGUCGUAUUUGAAGGACAUUUUGUACUAAACUUCAUUUAAUUAUUCAGUUUUUAAAGGGAAGAAAAAGCCGUGGCAACUGUCCCUACAGUGAGCUGUUUAUUUAAAUCUCAUUAAGGAGAAAAAAUAUAUAUAUGGUGGGAAGCACGCUCCUUUCAACUUGUUUGGUACUGACAGCUGAUAGAGGCUAUUUUCUAAUAAUAAAUAUCCAGUGUGUGAAAGACAAACCCCA